AUGGAAAAUGAAAAUACACAUCGUAGGGCUUUGCUAACGACAUUGCCAGCUAUAGAAACAUUACAGCGGAAUGUUCGUAAAGUUCCUACAUAUCAUACAAGAAAACCUAGGGACAUACCAUUCCAUCUACCUCAUAAAAAACUUGUGGAAAGAAUUGAAUAUGUUGAAAAGGAAGCAGAACCUCUGACUGGCUUUGCAGCUGCUCAGGAGGAAAGAUUUAGAAAAGAAAGAAAAAUUGGCAAAUUACAACUAGAACCUAUCAAAUUGGAUGAUGGCUCUAAAAGAAAAAAAGCCAUUACCAUACGAGAAUCUCGUACCAGUUUUGACGUCGAUAAAUCAAGAGAAACCACCGACCCUCUUAAGGUCAAACCAGUAGUUGCUUCGCAAAAGGAAGUAAUAGAAAGAGUGAAGAACGACCUGACUGGUGGAUUUUUGUACAUGAUAUAUGCGGUCCAUCCACAAAACGUUUAUUUCACACCAUAUUACCUGAAUGUGGUCCCGUACGAGAGCAUAAACAAAAAGAACUACUUCACUAUUAGCCCCUGCGGCGUGACGCAUUACACUAAUGAAAUGGUCUUCACAAAACUUGCUGACUGGGAGCAGGAGUAUCUCAUAUUUAUGAAAUUCACUAACAUUAAAUUCUUCCGUGUAUAUCGAUACUGGAAAGCUUUCUACGUGUGGCGUAAAUCGAUACUGUUUCGUAAGUUCAGUAAAUUACGCACGAGGAUUGCCAAAAAACUAUUUAUUCUCACACCAGUUUUGGGAAAAGGACUGCUUAGUAUACAGACUAUGUGCUGCGAUAUGUACAUGAAGAGUUUCGCCGACCUUUCUAGGGAUAUGGACACUGCCUUUUUCUACUUCAUCGAAGUUCUGAUGAGACGUGUAGAAUACAUUCGUGAUAAAUUGCAAGAAUUUCGAUCUGUAGUGUUGGAAGUAAUCACAGCAUCUUGCCAUGCAGCAUUAUACCAUCAGGGUUUCACGUACGACGAUCGAAAUGUACCUCCCUUCCAAAUGAUUCGUGGCAAACCUACUGGUGGUAUGUCUUAUACUGAGAAGGCGAAUAAGCGGAAAUACUGCGAAAGGCUUGCUUGUUUUAUAAAGUUGGUGGAUUAUAUGAAGAACUACAUGUUGUAUCGUUUGACAAGGCGGUCCAACAUGCAGAUGGCGAACAUGUUACGUACACAUGUGCAAUUCACGCCGCCACCGGAACUCCUUGCUGGAAUGGAGGUGGACGAAGUGCUCGAAGCUUGGCCACGGCAAAUCGACGUUUGCAAGUGGGCCCUGUUUCAAGUCGACGCAUACGUUUUGCCAACUGGAGAAGUAGAACUUAAGCCAAGUGAAAACAUAAUCUGUAGUUACAUGCAGAAAAUAACUGAUUACUGGGACGAAUACGUCCGGAACUUCCACAAUUAUCUAAAUGACGAGACGUUACAAAUUUUCGUACAACCAACAAUAAUGGGAAAGCAGAUGGAAUGGACUGCGGGCGAAUCGCCUAAUCUUUACUUCCUUAUGAACCAAGACAAGUCAUUGUUGAACGACAUCCAAUUAAUUUCAUUAGUAAACCACGACGCUUAUGACAAAGUGUGGAUUUUCUUAGGACGUAUGAAACGUUUCAUGGACAAUUUCAGAGAAGCACACGAGAUAGAUGUUAAUAUCAUCAAAAAUGAGAGGGACGUGAACGCAUUUAGGAAGCUAUGUACGGAACUCGCUAAGCAAAUGGACGAAAUAGAAGAGGUUGUUAGUUUCCAACCGCUUGGGUUGAUAUUCUUGAACCUUUGCCCUUUCCAAGAACUGUUCAGGCCCCAACCGAGGAAACUGUUUGAAGUGGUUAACUCUACUACUCCUGAAAUCGGUCACGAUUGUAUUGAACAAAUACUAGAAGGAAUUCAAUCUAUUAAUAACGACAUAACAAAAGAUCCCGAGACUGCCGGUGAGCUGGUUGCGUUCAAUGCCUUGUUGGAUGGACUCGAGGGUAGAGUGGCUCAUCUCGAAGAACGCCUCGAGUAUUUGCGUGAACUUUACGAUCUCAUGGGUGAAUUCAAUAUAGGCAUCCCACCGGAUGAUAUGAACGAGUUUUUGGGUCUAAGCGUGAUUCUGGGCACACUUCGUACGGACAUAGAUGCUCGAUUGGAGAGUCGCAGCAAGUUAGCCGGUAUGUUCGCAAGUCAGAUCGGCAAGGAUAUAAUGGAUUUGAUCCACGAUAUCAACAAGCUGAGGGAUGAAAUUGCGCAAACGUGGUUAUAUGAUGAAAAGUCGGACAUAGAAAAAGUUACGGAUACGCUAAAUGACCUUAUGGAGAAACUGACAGUAUUCUCUGCCAGGAACAAGCAGAUACGUGAAUGGCAGAAAAUAUUCAAGAUACCACCAGCAAGACUUGAGAUGCUCGAUGAAGCUAUAAAUGACGUCAAAUUGAGGCAAAUGCUAUGGAAAGCAUCUAAGGAAUGGAAUGAAUCAUUUAAAUCAUGGUAUGAAGUACCAUUCAAUACGUUGGAUAUAGAUGAGAUACAAACUAUAACUGGAAACUAUGGAAAGAUUUUUAACCAGCUCGAUAAAGGACUGCCGCCUAAUAAGAUUGUGCCCUGUUGCAAGGCGACAAUUGAUAUAAUCAAGGAAAAGUUGCCAGUUAUGUCCUACUUAAGGAACCCAUCUUUGAAACCGCGACAUUGGGUGAAUGUCGAGGAGAUACUCCGCACGCGCUUUACGCCUGACAUGGUAGUAACUCUAAAAAUGCUGGAGGACUUACACGCGUUCCAGCAUGCCGAAGAGUUGAUGGAAGUGGCUGGUCAAGCUAGCUCCGAGGCUGGUCUGGAAGCUUUAUUAAAAAAGGUUGAAGAAAUUUGGGCGACCUUGGAAUUCCCUGUAAUACUGCACAAGGACGCGCGUGAUGUUUUCGUCUUGGGCGGAUUAGAUGAGAUUCAAGCUGCUGUGGACGAAAGCAAUAUCCACAUCAGUACAAUCCUCAGUUCCCGAAAUUGUGGACCCAUACGUAGUCGCGUUGAGGAAUGGGCCAAGAACCUUGAACUAUUCUCAAAAACUAUUGAAGAAUGGUACCUCUGCCAACAGACAUGGAUUUAUCUUGAAGUGAUUUUCUCAGCCCCAGAUAUUCAGCGUCAGCUGCCCAAUGAGACCAGACUUUUCACCAUUGUUGACAAGUCAUGGAAGGAUAUUAUGCGUAAAUUGGCCAAGGUGCCUUUGGCAAUGCCAGCGGCGACGCAACCAAAAUUAUGUGAAGAAUUUAUUCGCAAUAAUGAAAUGCUUGAUCAGAUUAUGAAGUGCUUGGAAGCGUAUCUAGAGACAAAACGCGUAGCUUUCCCGCGUUUCUUUUUCCUUUCCAACGAUGAAUUACUUGAGAUUUUGGCACAGACAAGAAACCCUCACGCCGUCCAACCGCAUUUACGAAAAUGUUUCGAUGCGAUCGCGAAACUCGAGUUCGGAGUUAAACUUCCUGAAAGCGAAAUGGAGAUCACGGAGGACGGUACUCUUGUAGAACGAGAGAUGUCUUUUAAUACAAGAGAUGCUUUGCAAGCCCGAUUAGCGAAGACUGCAAAACCUGAAGACUUAACUACUGAUAUUAUAGCUAUGUUAUCGCCUGAAGGAGAAAGGGUCAAUUUAGGCAAGGGUUUAAAAGCUCGAGGCAACGUCGAAGAUUGGCUGGGCAAAGUAGAAGAAGCCAUGUUCGCUUCGGUAAAGCGUUGUAUGAAGUUUGCAUUGCGUGACUACAUGCAGCGACGGCGUGUAGAUUGGGUCUCUCUACAUCCCAACCAGGUAGUCCUAGCUGUGUCUCAAAUGAUGUGGGCGAGGGGUGUUCACGAAAUAUUCGAUCUGGAAAUUCCAUUGCGCAUUGACACGGGACUGUUGAAUUAUGAGAAAAAAUGUAUAUCUGACCUGAACGAUCUCGCUGCACUCACGAGGAAGGAUUUGAGCUCCCUGUUCAGGAAAGUUCUGUGCGCCCUCAUAACGGUCGAUGUUCACGCCAGAGAUACAAUCUCUCAAAUGGUAGAGAAACAUGUUCAGAAAGCUGUAGAUUUCGAGUGGCUUAAAAUGAUUCGCUACUAUUGGGAGGAAGACAUUGACAACUGCGUCGCUCGUAUGUCCAGCUCUAUGUAUAUUUAUGGCCAUGAAUACUUGGGGGCCGGAGGUGUGCUAGUGAUAACUCCAUUGACGGAUCGUUGCUACCUCUGUCUGAUGGGAGCUUUACAAUUAGACCUCGGGGGUGCCCCUGCCGGCCCCGCUGGCACCGGGAAGACUGAAACUACAAAGGACCUUGCGAAGGCACUCGCCAUACAAUGCGUAGUGUUCAACUGCUCUGAAGGUUUGGACUACAAAAUGAUGGGAAGAUUUUUCUCCGGCCUGGCGACAUCUGGUGCAUGGUGUUGCUUCGAUGAAUUUAAUCGUAUCGAUAUCGAGGUGCUCUCUGUGAUCGCUCAGCAACUUAUUACUAUCAGGAAUGCCAAAGUGGCUAAACAGGCACGUUUCAUGUUUGAGGGGCGCGAAAUCAAACUGGUGCGGACAUGCGCGGCUUUUAUUACAAUGAACCCAGGUUACGCGGGCCGAACGGAAUUACCGGACAAUCUGAAAGCGCUUUUCCGUCCUAUAUCUAUGAUGGUACCAGAUUACGCUUUAAUCGCGGAAGUUAUCCUCUACUCAGAAGGGUUCGAGUCUUCGAAAGGACUUGCUAAAAAAAUGGUGCAGAUGUAUAAAUUGUCUAGUGAACAACUCUCAAAACAAGACCACUAUGACUUUGGGAUGAGGGCCGUUAAAAGUGUGCUUGUUAUGGCUGGAGCCUUGAAACGCGCUAGUCCGGACCAGCACGAAGAGAUCACGCUAUUAUGCGCGCUAAAUGACAGUAACUUGCCAAAGUUUUUGGCUGCGGAUGCUGUACUCUUCGCUGGCAUCCUUUCAGACUUGUUUCCAGGAGUAAGUCUGCCGGUGCGCGACUAUGGAAUCAUGGUGGAUGUGAUACAGGAAAUAUUACUGGAAAGAAAAAUGCAAAUAAUGGACUGUCAGAUCCGCAAAGUUAUACAGCUGCACGAAACAAUGAUCGUUCGCUGGGGCGUGAUGCUUGUUGGACCUACCGGUGGUAGCAAGACCGUCGUUUUACAUGUAUUAGGAGACACGUAUACGAGGUUAUGUGAAAGUGAAGUGCCGGGCCAGCAAUACCAGAUAGUGCACAAAUAUAUAAUGAACCCCAAAAGUCUUAGCAUAGGAGAGCUCUACGGUGAAGUGAACCUACAAACCCUUGAAUGGCAUGACGGCAUACUACCAUUAUCACUCAGAACCGCUGUACAGGUAACAACCACCGACCACCAGUGGCUGAUUUGCGACGGUCCAGUAGACGCAGUGUGGAUUGAGAAUAUGAACACCGUACUUGACGAUAACAAGAUGCUGUGCCUUUCAAAUUCCGAGCGCAUAAAGCUUACUCCUUACGUGCACAUGGUAUUUGAGGUUGCAGACUUAGCGCAAGCAUCACCAGCUACUGUCUCUCGCUGCGGAAUGGUUUAUAUAGACCCGAAUGAAAUGGGUUACCUACCGUAUGUUAGGUCGUGGCUCAACGAAGCCGUGGAAAAAAAUCUCUUUACCCAGGAAAAUUGGGAAUUCGUCUACGAUCUCUUCAAAUUGCUCGAUGUCGGGGUUACGUAUGUCAAUACAAAGUGCAGUGUUGGUAUUAAGCAGGUAGAUAUAAGCAAGGUGGCGUCUCUGUGUUGCCUGUUGGGCGCUUUGCUAGCAGAACCUGGGGACCGCUUCAGUGAUAAAGCCGCCGUCAAAGUAUACAUCGCUCAUUGUUUCAUCUUUUGCUACGUUUGGUGUAUUGGUGGCAAUAUCCUUGAAGCGAACCGCAAGCCCUUUGAGGAGCUUAUCAAGAGGCAGUUCGAGGUUUAUGAAGAAGCAGAAUAUUUCCCGCAAGGUUUCAAUUUCUUCGACAUGUAUAUGGACACGAAGCAACGCAAAUUAAAAGUGUGGGCGGAGAUUAUACCAGAGUUUUUAUAUGACUGUAAUAAGCCAUUUUUUGAAACUCUUGUUCCUACUAUUGACACUGUUCGCUAUGGGUACCUCUUUGAGAAACUCCUAUCUGCUGGAAAACCGGUUAUGUUCACGGGAAACACUGGCGUUGGGAAAACGUGCAUAGCUGCCGAAAUUCUAAAGAAAAUCUCAGCAACUGGAUUAUUUAUUCCUGUGAUAUUAAACUUUUCGGCACAAACCAGCAGCCCUCGUACACAGGAAGUAAUCGAGCUACGACUUGACAAAAGGCCUAGAAAAGCAAUAGGAGCACCGCUCGGCAAAAAGGUGGUCAUAUUCAUUGACGACGUAAAUAUGCCACGUCUCGACGUUUACGGUGCUCAGCCAACAAUAGAAUUACUUCGGCAAUUUCUGGAUUUCGGAGGUCUUUACGAUCGUGACAAGUUAUAUUGGAAGGAGAUUUUAGACGUCGUGUUAUCUUGCGCAUGUGCCCCACCCGGCGGUGGCCGAAAUCCGCUCACUGCACGUUUUGUUCGCCAUUUUGCCAUGUUCUACAUUUCUGCGCCCAAUUCUGAAGCUAUGAAGACUAUAUUUAAGGCAAUUCUAGCUGGACACAUGGAGGACUUCGUAACAGAAGUGUCUGUGCUUGGCGAACCUAUAGUUAACGCAGCAGUAGAAGUAUACUUGAAAAUUUGCGCUGAGCUUCUACCCACACCUGCAAAGUCUCACUACGUAUUCAAUUUACGUGACCUUUCCAAAUCUAUGCAGGGAGUUCUACAGGCUAAUGCCGCGUACAUGCGAGCUCCACAGGGAAUGUUGAGGUUAUUCUAUCAUGAAUGCCUUCGCGUGUUCCACGAUCGUUUGAUAAAUAUAGAAGACAAAAGUUACUUCUAUCGUCUUAUGAGUACAGUAUGCCAAAAGAACUUUCAGCAACCUAUCCUCGAUAUACCUGACACACCGAUCAUUGAACAACCUCCGAUAUUACUGUUCGGAGAUUUUAUGAACUCAGCGAUUCCUAAGGAAAGUAGACAGUACCAAGAAAUUCCGGAUAUGGGAAAGCUUUUGAUUGUUUUGAAGGAAUACCUUGAAGAGUACAAUUCUACUGCCCGUGCGGAGAUGCAUCUAGUACUUUUCCGUGACGCAGUGGAGCAUAUUGUUCGUGUGGCGCGAGUUUUUCGUGCGGAAAGAGGUCACUGUCUCAUGGUCGGUCCGGGUGGAUCCGGACGAAGAUCUGUCGCCACCCUCGCUGGGCACGUAAAUGAAUGCAAAUGCAUGGGUAUGGAGAUAAAGCGUAACUACGACACUCCGGAGUUUCACGAUGAUCUACGUGGCAUGUAUAUGCGAGCGGGCGUCUCUGGCGAAGACACCGUGUUCCUUUUCACCGACACUCAAAUAACCAAGGAAGAGUUUCUUGAAGAUAUCAACAAUAUGCUCAAUUCAGGUGAAGUACCUAAUCUGUUCGAGGGAGACUCUUACGAACAAGUACAGACGGGAUGCCGUAGUGAGGCAGCCAAAGCUGGAGUCAAUCCGGGCGAUCGCGACGCAGUUUAUUAUUACUUCAUAAAUCGCGUGAGGGGAAAACUACAUCUUUGCAUCUGUAUGAGUCCUGUUGGUGAAGCGUUCAGACGAAGAUGCCGAAUGUUUCCGUCUCUGGUGAAUUGCUGCACAAUUGACUGGUUCACAAAAUGGCCGCCAGAGGCUCUGCUCUCAGUGGCCCAACAGUGCUUACAACCACUCGAGAAACCUGACAUAAUAGAAAAGAUAUCCGCCCUCGCUGUUUCUAUGCAUCAGGACGUCGAUAUGAUGACGGGUCGGCUUUACGACGAGAUGCGACGCUACUUCUACACAACGCCCAGCAGCUACCUCGAUCUACUGAAGCUCUAUCUCACUCUGCUUGACAAGAAACAGCAGGAGAUACUGCGUGGUCGGGAUCGAAUUUCUUGCGGCUUACAGAAAUUGUAUGAAACGUACGAAGUUGUGGGGGUAAUGGAGCAGCAAGUACGUGAAAUGGAGCCAGUUCUCGCGAAAAAGGCUGAAGAGGGCAUAGCUCUCGUAGGGCGACUUAAAGUAGAGCAAGCAGCAGCUGAUGAAGUAAAACAAGCCGUAAUGAAAGAUGAAGCUGCAGCCAAGAUAAAAGCGGAAGAAGUAAAGGAGAUCGCCGACGAAGCGAAAGCUGAUCUGGCGAUGGCUAUGCCAGCAAUGGAAGCAGCGCAAAAUGCACUUAAAGCUCUUAACAAGGCAGAUAUCAACGAGUUGAAAGCCUUUCAGAAGCCGCCGCCGCUUGUACGCUUUGUUAUGGAACCUGUAUGCAUACUACUCGGUGCUAAGCCAGACUGGGAUUCAACUAAAAAGUUAUUAGCUGAUGUAAACUUUAUCCGCAAUUUGGAAGAAUACGACAAAGAUCAUAUACCGGAUGCUACGCUCAAAAAAAUAAAAGUAUACCUUACUCAUAAGGAUUUCAAUCCCGACACUGUUGUUAAAGUAUCUAAGGUGUGCCGUUCCAUGGUUUUAUGGGUGCAGGCUAUUGACAUGUAUGCUAAAGUGUUCAGAGUUGUUGAACCGAAGAUUAUCGCACAUAAAGAAGCGGCUGCUAUAUUAAAAAGUGUGAUGGCGGUACUCCGUGCGAAGCAGAAAGAGGUGGAGGCUAUUGAAGCUCAGCUGGAGAAAAUGAUGGGGGAACUAAGGGUUGUAGAAGAAGAGCGUAUCAAGUUGCAAGCGGACGUGGACUUGGCAGCGGCUCGCUUGAUGCGAGCUGGUAAACUGACCCAAGCCCUUGCCGAUGAGAAAACGCGCUGGGAAGACAGUGUUAAGAUGGCAACAUACAAGCUAAAAUGUACAACGGGCGAUAUUAUAAUUGCGUCUGGGUGCAUUGCGUACUUUGGUGCGUUCCCUUCGAACUACCGCCGAGAGCUCGAGCGCAAAUGGGUUGCGCAAUGUCAAGAGCUCGAGAUCCCAUCAUCCGAUACAUUUGAUCUGAUAACAAUUAUGGCGGACUCGUACACGGUGCGCACUUGGAACGCGCAGGGUUUGCCAAGAGACGCUGUUUCAACUGAAAACGGCAUUCUAGUGACGCGUGCAGGGAGAUGGCCGCUCACCAUUGACCCACAAGAACAAGCGAACAGAUGGGUCAAAAACAUGGAGCGCCAAAACGGACUACAGAUCACAAAGCUGAGCGAAUCCGGUUACCUUCGAAUGCUAGAAAACUGUAUACGUCUUGGAUGGCCCAUGCUUAUUGAAGACUUGGGCGAGGCUCUAGACGCGACACUCUCACCUGUUCUACUCAAACAGACGUUCCUUCAGGCUGGUCGGCUGCUUAUUCAUCUAGGUGAUAGCGAUAUCGAGUACGAUACGAACUUCCGACUCUAUCUCACCACAAAGUUGGCCAACCCCCACUAUCUACCGGAGAUCUGCAUACAAGUCACGCUUGUGAAUUUCACAGUUACUCUAUCCGGCCUCGAGGACCAAUUGCUAGCCGAUGUGGUCCGUCUAGAACGGCCAGACUUAGAACUUUUACGGUCAGAACUGAUAGUGCGUAUCAAUACAGACAAAGCAACGCUUCUGGAAAUCGAGGAUAAGAUUCUGCGCUUGCUGUAUGCUUCUUCUGGAAAUAUUUUAGACGACGAAGAACUAAUUGAGACUCUCAAUGAGAGUAAGGAAACAUCUGAAAUAAUAAACGCCCGAUUGUUAGAAACGGAAGCGACAGAGAUAAGUAUAUCUGCGGCGCGUGAGAAAUACCGCACUGUAGCGACUCGUGGCGCUGUGCUGUACUUCGCGGUGGCACAACUUGCUGACAUCGAUCCAAUGUAUCAGUUUUCGCUGAAGUACUUCAACCAGGUAUUCAACAUAGUUAUCGAGAAGAGCGAAAAAUGCGAAAUACUCGAGCGUCGUCUACAGAUAUUGCACGAUGAAAUAACUCUGUCCGUGUACCGGAAUGUGUCGCGAGGGCUUUUUGAACGCCACAAGCUGGUGUUCAGUUUUCUGCUCAACAUGGCCAUAUUCCUGCACGCGGGACGAGUGCAGCCGGACCAAUGGAACUUUGUUCUCAGGGGACCGGCCGGGACCAAAGUUGUACCUCCGAAGAGGCCCCCUGUCGAGGCCCUCACAGACCAAAUGUGGUUAGGGGUGAACCAUUUAGAGGGAACAGAUCCUAGUUUCGCAGGACUGGCGAACGACUGCCUACGGAAAAUCACGAUUCAACUCGGCAAUUUUCACUUGGACAUCCACAUCAACAAAAAUGACAUUAUUCCUCCAAAAAUAAACUGGGAUGACCACUUGAGUGACUUUGAGAAGCUGAUGUUAAUAAAGUGUCUAAAGGAAGAGAAGUUAGUUUUCGCUAUCGCCCAAUACGUCUGCAUUAGUCUGGGAGCCGUUUUCAUUGAAAGUCCUACUGUGCAGCUCAAUACCCUCUAUGCUGAUACAGCGCCCUCGAUACCCUUAGUGUUCGUACUAAGUACUGGCUCAGAUCCUUUCGGAGCAUUCCAAAAAUUUGCCACCGAGAUGGGGAUGAGAGACCGCGUCCACUCAAUUUCUCUAGGACAAGGUCAGGGUCCAGUUGCUGAAAAAAUGAUAAUGAACGCAAAGCCCAAGGGAGACUGGGUAUUUCUUCAGAAUUGUCAUUUAGCAGCUUCGUGGAUGCUAAAUCUUGAAGUAAUAGUGGCCAAUAUGGGAAGCGAUCAAGGCGUCCUUAGUCCAGACUUUCGCCUCUAUCUUAGCUCUAUGCCCACGCCAAAGUUUCCAGUGUCAGUGCUUCAAAAUUCGGUCAAAGUCACAAACGAACCCCCGAAAGGUCUCAAGGCCAAUGUCAAAAGAGCCCUCGUAGAAAUGGAGGAAGACUUCUUUGAGAAUCAUGUAUUGGAGCAAGAUUGGCGAACGAUGUUAUUUGGGAUAUGUAUGUUCCACGCAAUAAUACAGGAGCGCAAAAAGUUUGGUCCUCUCGGUUGGAAUAUUACAUACGAAUUCAACAAUAGUGAUCGGGAAUGUGCAAUGAUGAAUCUGCAAAUGUUUUGUGAAUCUGGACAUAUUCCUUGGGAUGCGCUGGAAUACAUAACCAGUCAGAUAACAUAUGGUGGUCGAGUGACGGAUAUGUGGGACCAGCGAUGUUUAACUACAAUUCUAAAACAGUUCUUCUCGCCGCCCACACUGGAGGAUACGUACACGUAUUCAUCUUCUGGUGUUUACUAUUGUCCACGAUUGGACAAGUUAGCUGCAGUACGCGAUUACUGUGACACGCUGCCUGUCAUAGAAGAUCCUGAAGUCUUCGGAAUGCAUGAGAACGCUAAUAUAGCAUUUGAGAAUAAAGAAACAAGUACUCUUAUACGCACAAUAGUGGACGUGCAACCACGUUCUGGAGGAGGUGGCGGAGGGGACACUCCCGAUCAAAUCGUAUGGAGAAUAUGCGACCAAACACGCGCCACCAUCGCUAAAAGCGUGGACAAGUCACUCAUCAACCCCGAACUGAUGGUACCUGACGAUAUGGGCCAGUUACACUCUCUCUCUACUGUGCUGUUACACGAGACGGACAGAUUCAACACCCUCCUCGGCCUCAUACACAGCUCGCUCAAUGAAUUACAAAAGGCCAUUAAGGGCGUAGUGGUGAUGUCGGAGGCGUAUGAGGCUGUAUUCAACGCAUUCAUCAACAACAAGGUGCCGGACAUGUGGCAUCGCAAAGGAUAUAACUCGCUAAAGUCACUCGGCAGCUGGAUACAAGACCUGACCUUGAGACUUGACUUCAUCGAGAAAUGGUUGAUAGAAGGUGCACAGCCUAGCAGCUGGGUGUCAGGACUGUUCUUCCCUCAAGGGUUGCUUACCGGUGCAUUACAAGCCUACGCACGCCGCUACAGGGUGCCCAUCGAUGCGCUCAUGUUCGACUUCGAGCCCAUCAACUACUUCCUAUCACAGGAGGAUGUAUUUAAAAGCUGUAAACUCAAGAAGCACAAGCCCACCGAUAUGUCAGUGUUUGGUCCAUUAGAGAAGCCGGAAGACGGUGUCAACAUACACGGAUUGUUCAUCGAUGCUGGAAGAUGGGAUGCGCAGCAGAAUUUACUCGUCGAUGCACUGUCAGGUCAAAUGAACCCACCGCUGCCUGUGGUGUGGUUCAAGCCAGUGCUGUCUCUGCCCAAACCGGACCCGCGCUACGAAGCCCCGCUGUACAAGACGUCCGAGCGAGCUGGCACGCUGUCAACCACGGGCCACAGCACCAACUUCGUGUUGCCUGUCCUGAUACCGUCCAACAUGCAUUCAGAGUUCUGGAUAGUACGCGGCACUGCCUUACUGACACAAAUCACGGAUUAA